AUGAGCGAACAGUUAAGUAAACUCAUUGGUAGCUCAAGAGUCACGUCCCAAAACAUAGCGACCAACAAUACGCUAGUCAGAGAAGCACACCACACGUUGGACGGGUUAGAUCAGAAAAUUGAUGCAGUUAAGGUGGAGCUAAACGCCAAAAUCGAAGACCUUCGAACGGAAGUAGACGUCAUAAAAGUUCAAUCACGAACGAUUCAAGAUCAACGACCUCCCGGGCGAUCACCAGUCUUACCAACUCGUCAAGACGUUUCUACCCUGUCACUCCUCCGAACGAUUGAAGAUGCAGUCCGACAUCGCAGAAAAUUGGUCGCCGCCGAUGCAUCUCUACGAGACCCGCGGCGAGGGGCGAUGGCCAGCUGCGACCCUACGGAUCACGGCGAAGAUGACCAUUCUGAACGUUCAAACACCCACAGUCAAGCCAAUCGACCUCAUAGCAGCUGCUGCAGUCGCCUGCAACCUCCAAACUUCAAGAUCCAGCCAUUUGACAGUAACCCGAAGAACUACGCGCGAUUCAAGGCCAAAUUCCAGGCCUUGUAUGAAGAACUGCUUGGUGUGCUCAUCCGCUUCCGCCGUAACCUCUUACCAGUCGCAGCGGACAUUGAGAAAAUGUUCCAUCAAAUGAAAGUCCCGGAAGAAGACCAGGCAGCUUUCCGAUUCCUCUACCGGAUGCCUGGCAGUAUUUCAGCUCUGUUUACGUUCCAGAUGACGGUUCACGUAUUUGGAGCCAUAUCCUCCCCAACGAGCUGCAUUUUCGCCCUCAACAGGACGACCGAUGACCACUGCAGCCAGUUUCCAGACGUAGCUGAAAGCGUUCAACGGAAUUUCUACGUCGACAAUUAUCUCGACUCAUUCGACUCCGAAGACGAGGUCAUUAAACGUUCCCACCAAAUGAAGUCCCUUCUCCAGUUAGGCUGCUUCAAUUUGACCAAAUGGACGUCGUCAUCGCGAACAGUGAUAGCUGCGUUUCGAGAGUUUGGCCUCGCGUCACCAACUCUGGAUCUGGACUUGGAGAAACUUCCCGUCGAAAGAACGCUGGGAGUAAUGUGGGACAGCGAACGAGAUCUGCUGACGUUCAAGAUACGGAAGCCGCCCAACAACGUGACUCUCACGAAACGAGCCUUCCUUAGCAUAAUCUCUAGCGUCUACGACGCGUUAGGACUAGUCGCGCCUGUUGUCUUCGUAAUGAAGUCUCUACUCCAAGAUAUCUGGACCAACGAAGAGCGGAUCGGUUGGGACGACGUCGUACCGGAAACAUUGAGUCUACGCUUCCAUUGCUGGUACGACCAUCUGGAAAAUUUGGAAUCGCUUGCAGUGCCGAGAUGCUUCCGUUUCAAACUAGGACGUUGGACCCUACAGCACCUCCACGUCUUCACGGAUGCAAGCCUUAAAGGAUACGGAGCAGUAGCCUACUUCCGCACUGUAUUCGAAGACCAGUCCGUCAACGUCUCAUUCGUCAUGUCAAAAACACACGUCACGCCGGUGAAAGGUCUCACGAUUCCACGUUUGGAGCUACAAGCUGCCGUAGAAGGUCUCAACAUCGCCAUCACGAUUUGCCGUGAGCUGGAGAUCGAUUUGCGGCAAGUCACCUUCCACACAGAUUCACAAACGGUGUUGCGGUGGAUCCAUUCCAAAACUUGUCGGUUUGAAGUCUUCGUCAACAACCGCAUUGGAAAAAUACCCCGAAACACGGCUCGUCGACAAUGGCGUUAUGUUGCCGGAGAUUCAAACCUAGCGGAUCUCUGCAGCAGGGGUAUUGAUCCAAAGGACGUCAAUGAAUUGGUCUACUUCCGUCGAGGACUUUCGUUCCUGAACCUAGACCCCUCAGAGUGCUUGGUGAAAAUUCAACGAGUGCUGGCCUGGAGUACAAGAUUUGCCAACAACGCUAAAGCAAAACUACGUGACGAAAAACCCAUGGUCGGAGAGCUAACGUUAGAAGAAAUGGUAACAUCGUUGACGAAAUGCAUCGUGCGCGCGCAAAAAUUGGCCUUUGCAGAAGAAGUCUACGCCCUUCGCAAGGAUCUGGAAUUACCACUCAGAUCCAAACUUCGCACCUUCCAGCCCUUCUUGGAUGAAGCUGGACAGAUGCGAAUUGGCGGACGUAUUCUUCAAGCGCCGAUCGACUAUGCAGCCAAGCACCCCAUACUUCUACCAGCAUCUCAACUCUUAACGAAAAGGAUAAUUUGGGAUUAUCACGUUAGAAACAUGCACGUCAAGACUGAGAGAUUGCUGACGGACCUCCGUUCACGCUUUUGGAUACUUUCCGGACGCAAGGUGGUAAAAUCGGUCAUCAACAACUGCUGCCCUUGCAAGCGCACGUCAGCAAAACCUAGUCCUCCGUUGAUGGCUUUACUACCAGUCCAUCGCUUAACACCCCAUCUACCUGCGUUCACGUACACAGGGAUCGACUACUUUGGACCCUUGACCGUACGAGUUGGUGGAAGGGGAAGAGGACACGAAAAACGUUGGGUCAGCCUAUUCACGUGCCUUACGACGCGAGCAGUUCACCUGGAAGUGGCCAACGGGCUCAGUAUGGAAGAGUUUCUACUCUGCUUCUCCCGUUUUGUUAGCUUACACGGAAAGCCGAUGGUCGUUUAUAGCGACAAUGGGACAAACUUUGUCGCCGCCGAGGAAGAGCAGCGACAAGCCCUAGAAGAACUUGUUACCAAGCACCAGGAACUUCAAACAGUAAUGGCUUGUCAACAAAUUGAGUGGCACUUCUCUCUACCCCAUGGGCCUCACUUCGGUGGUGUUUGGGAGAGGAUUGUACAAUCCUGCAAACGGGCAAUGAAAACCACCAUAGGUAAUUGCCUGGUUACGGACCAAGUGCUACGAACCUUGAUCGCUGAAAUAGCAGCUUUGUUAAAUGCCCGGCCGUUAACUCAUUUGAGUAUGGAUCCAGAAGACCCGGACCCCCUAACUACCGAACCAUUUUCUAUACGGUGGAGCGCGGCCGUACGUGCCCCUACAACUGGCCGAUGUGGAAGACAUGAACGUAACCAACAAGCAGUUUCAGCAAAGUCAAGCCAUCCUUCAACACUUUUGGAACAGAUGGCUACGUGA